AUUGCCCGCAUGCUUCCUCUAGUUUCAGGACCAUGUGCAUUCCUGACCGCCAUCCAUGAUAUUUGCUUCUGGUGCUGCCCUGCUUGGGAGAUAAUAAAACCUCGCGCCAGGCCUCAUACUUGCUCCAACCCCCACCGCCUCUCCUCCUCUCCAGCCAGUCCUCGCCGCCGCCCCAGCCAUGCCUUCGCCCGGUCCCAUCCCAUUUCCAGCAGACCGGCGGUCGUCGCGCUCGUCCAGCGCCGCCAACGAGCACGAUGAUAGAAUGACGAGCCGCAUCGUCAAGGUCCCGCCCGAAUUCCAGAACCUCGAAUACCUCACCGACCCCGACAGCAACCUCGUCUGCCUCAUCUGCCACACGCCCUUUGACAAGCCCGUCCAGCUCUCGUGCGAACAUUACUUCUGCCGCGAAUGCCUCGACCAUGCAUGGGCGCCCCAGCAACACACCCGCCGAACCUGUCCUACAUGUCGCCAUGCUGUCGAGACGGACCAGGAUAUACGCCCGGUGCCCAAGAUUGUCGAGACUAUGCUUGAUGAGCUGGUGGUCAAAUGUCCAAACUCAAAGGCUGGCUGCAACUGGCAGGCCCAACGCGUCAACGUGCGCGACCACGUCAUGUUGUAUUGCGAAUACACUCCCGUCAUGUGCUCAGCAGUAGACUGUCGCUUGCCAACAACCCAGAAAGACUUUCACAAGGGCUGUCUGCACUACACGGUGAGCUGCGAGGACUGUCAUACUUCGCUCAUGAAGAGGGAUCUCGAGGAGCACCAGCGAACUUCCUGCGCAAAUCGCAUCACAUCCUGCACAUUGUGCUCGGCUGAAGUGCUUCGUCUAGACCUUAAGCCUCACAUCAACAACGACUGCCCCAAACAUGUCAUCUCCUGCCAGGGAACAAUUGUGGGAUGCAAGUUCCACGCCGAGCGUGCCCAGGUUAUCGCACAUGAAGCCGCUUGUCCAAUGGCAACAAUGGCGCCUCACUUCCGCGAGCAGCAAGCCAGGAUCGAGAGAAAUGAAGCGCGUAUGGAGCCUCUCACGAGGAAGGUUGGCAUCCUCGAAGACGGCCUCACCAAUAUCACAAACUACCUGUACCCUGCCAAUGGAAACGACACUUCUUUCCCAGUCACGGACCCCUUGAAUGCCAACGACACUGACCCUCAAGCACCGACACCCGACUUCCGACUGCCACCAGCCUCGUUUCCCCCAGUUCCACCUACAACUGAUGGCAACGCUGCCCAACCACCAUUCGACUCCCAAAUUCAUCAUCUACUCACAUUACACGACUCCCUCCGCGAGGAAGUAUCUCGCAUCGCCAACGCCCUCACCGACCUCGACGGGCGCACAAACAUGAUGAUCAUCAACGAGAGCCAGCGCACCAAAGACGAGAUGCUGCACGUCAACGCUGCGAUCAGCAACAUGCGCAUGCAUCUGCAGUGGGUGAACCCCAGGUACCACAGCCGCAACGGCAAGCGGCAGCAACCCAACACGCGCCACUGGCACUAG